AUGGCCCCGUCACAGACCGUCGGGCUGGAUUCGCUCGCAGAGGGGUCACAGUAUGUCGAACAAUUGCAGCUGUCGAGAGACCCUGCAGGAACGGGCGCCGGGGACGGCGCCAGCUCCAGUAGAGACCCCUCCCACACCAAGGACCAAUCGUACUAUGACAAUGAGAAGACUCAUAGUAUCGGAUCAGGGUUCAAGGACCCUUCGCAGAGAGAUCCUCUCGCCGAGGCUCGUUCUGCGAUCCGCAAAAACUCAUCGUCGGCUCCGGUCCGACGAAGAAUCAGUCGUGCGUGUGACCAGUGUAACCAACUCCGAACCAAAUGCGACGGGCAACACCCGUGCGCCCAUUGCACUGAAUUCGGAUUGACCUGCGAAUAUGCGCGAGAACGCAAGAAGCGUGGAAAGGCGUCAAAGAAAGACCUGGCGGUGGCAGCGGCUGCAGCAGCAGCCACGCAAGCACCGAAUAGCAAUUCGGGACCGAUGAGCGCGUCGCUCAUGAGCGAGCAAAUGUCCCCAGACGGACGACUGGCACAAGAUGUCAAUGGCAGAUAUGAUUCGGCCUUUGAGGCUGCGCAUAACCUGACCUCGGCGCAGUCGCAAAUGCACCACCCGAACGCAGCCGGUAUACCAAGUCUGCAUGAUUCCCGUUCAGCACCGUCGCAUUCCCAGUCAUUAGGGGCUACCAUGAACGCGAUACCUUUGAGCCACUUCAAUGCGCUCAAUGAUUCGAGUCGCCCUCCGAUCUCCAUGUCCGAUUUGCGAUCGCUUCCUUCUUCUGUCCUGCCUCCACAAGGAUUGAAUUCUGGGUAUGGGGAGAGCGCAUUCGCCUUGGUAAAUCCGCAGGAGUCGGGCUCGUCUCCGAACCAGUUUCGCCUGGGAAGCUCUGCAGAAAACCCGUCCGCGCCGUUUUUAGGCCUCUCGCCUCCUGCGCAGUCGCCCGGCUGGCUGCCUCUCCCAUCGCCAUCUCCCGCGAACUUUCCCUCCUUCAGUCUGCAUCCGUUCUCCAGCACUUUACGAUACCCUGUUUUGCAGCCGGUUCUGCCUCACAUUCCGUCCAUCAUUCCGCAGUCGCUCGCGUGUGACCUGCUCGAUGUCUACUUCACCAGUUCCUCCUCAUCCCAUCUGUCUCCCCUGUCCCCGUACGUGGUGGGCUACAUCUUCCGCAAACAAUCCUUCCUGCAUCCCACCAAACCCCGCAUGUGCAGCCCCGGCCUCUUGGCGAGUAUGCUCUGGGUCGCCGCACAAACCAGUGAAGCUCCGUUUUUGACCUCUCCGCCGUCGGCUCGAGGCCGCGUCUGCCAGAAACUCUUGGAAUUGACCAUUGGCUUGCUCCGGCCGCUGGUUCAUGGCCCUGCUACAGGGGAAGCGUCCCCCAACUAUGCUGCGAACAUGGUCAUCAACGGCGUCGCUCUCGGGGGCUUUGGGGUCUCCAUGGAUCAGCUCGGCGCGCAAAGUAGCGCCACCGGGGCCGUGGAUGAUGUGGCCACUUAUAUGCAUCUCGCUACCGUGGUGUCCGCGAGCGAGUACAAGGCGGCCAGCAUGCGCUGGUGGACUGCGGCGUGGUCCCUGGCGCGUGAGUUGAAGCUGGGUCGCGAGCUGCCGCCCAAUGUUCCGCACGCACGGCCCGACGGAGAGCGAGAGGGGGAGGAACCGGACCUGUCAAAACGGCACCCUCCCACGCUCAUUACGUCCAUAGGCCAUGGUCCGGGCAGCUCGGCUGUCAAUGUCACCGAAGAGGAGCGGGAAGAGCGUCGACGUCUGUGGUGGCUCCUCUACGCGACGGAUCGUCAUCUGGCCCUCUGCUACAAUCGCCCUGUGACCCUGUUAGACAAGGAGUGCGGGGGUCUGUUGCAGCCGAUGAAUGACGAUCUGUGGCAGAUUGGCGACUUUGCUUCGGCUGCCUACCGCCAGGUCGGGCCCCCGGUCGAGUGCACCGGGCACAGCAUGUUUGGAUAUUUCCUUCCAUUGAUGACGAUCCUGGGAGGAAUUGUGGAUCUGCACCAUGCGGAAAACCACCCUCGCUUUGGGCUGGCCUUUCGCAAUAGUCCGGAAUGGGAGCGGCAUGUGAUGGAAAUCACCCGACAGCUGGACACGUACGGCCGCAGCCUGAAGGAAUUUGAGGCCCGCUACACCAGCAGCUUGACCAUGGGCACCGCGGAGAACGAGCCGGUGGAAGGCGCCCACCUGGACCAUACGAGUCCGUCGGGACGCUCCAGUAGCACCGUGGGAUCCCGCGUGAACGAGUCCAUCGUCCACACGAAGAUGGUGGUCGCCUAUGGCACCCACAUCAUGCAUGUGCUGCAUAUUCUUUUGUCGGGCAAGUGGGAUCCGGUCAAUCUCUUGGAGGAUCAUGAUCUGUGGAUCUCCUCGGAAUCGUUUGUUUCGGCAAUGAGCCAUGCGGUGGGUGCCGCCGAAGCGGCCGCCGAGAUCUUGGAGUACGAUCCCGAUCUCAGCUUCAUGCCGUUUUUCUUUGGGAUCUAUCUGUUGCAAGGCAGCUUCUUGCUGCUGCUGGCGGCGGACAAGCUGCAGGGCGAUGCCAGCCCUAGUGUCGUCCGGGCUUGCGAGACGAUUGUGCGCGCACAUGAGGCCUGCGUGGUGACGCUGAACACCGAGUAUCAGCGGACCUUCCGUAAGGUCAUGCGCUCGGCCCUCGCGCAGGUUCGAGGGCGCAUCCUCGAGGACUUUGGCGAACAGCAGCAACGCCGGAGGGAGGUGCUAGCCCUGUACCGCUGGAGUGGCGAUGGCAGUGGGCUUGCUUUAUGA